CCGAGCUUCUAGGGCUUAGUUCCACUCGUCAUGUCGCUGCUGGAGCUGUUGCGUUUGCCCCCGACCUCCCUGGUGGCGCGUCUCUCCGGGCAUCUGGGCGCUUGGCUGCUGCAGAGCCGGCGCAUAUGCCGGCCGGAGAGCGGAACAAGGCAAAGUAGCCUCAGCGGCGCCGUCGUGCUCUUGCCGGUGUACUCUCCGUACCGCAGCUGGUCCCCUGAUCGCGGAGCGCGCGGACCGCGCUCCGCGCGGAUGCCGGAGGGCGCUGCGGCGCCGGAGGCGCGGCUCAGCCUGGUGGCGUUGCUGGCGGCCCUGCGGGCUGGAGGCACAGUGGCCCCUGUGACUCCAGAGCUGCUUGAACCUCCUCGUGAUCGUUCAGGUCAUUUGCUCAUCCCCGAUCUGCACUGGGACAAGAGCGAGAUUCCCAGUGUGCUGCGGCAAUGGGAGCCAUCCUUCGUUCUAAGCUUUGGGGCUCUGGACGACGUGUUCACGCGCGGCGCUGCCAAAAACACCCCGUGGUCCCGCAACACCGUGGAGUUUGCACGUCUGGGGCUGGCGCAGCAGGGCUCUUCGGCGCCGUUUUCGGUGUCCACGCCGGACUUCAAGAACGACGUGGACCUGGACUUCUCCGACGUGGCCCUCAGCUUUUCCGGCGGGCAGCGGGUGACCUUCGGCAGCCUGCUGUCGGCGGUGGCGGACCCGGGCCACGCCUUGGCCUCCGGCGAAACCGGCGCCAUCGUGCGGCUGCUGCGCUCCGCCCAGGCGGAGAAGGCGCGGGCGCCCCGGCGGCCGCGGCCCUGGUGGCCGGCACCCGACUCACGCGACGGAUGGCCGCCCCGGCGCUUGGAGCCCCGGCCCAGCAUGUGGGUGGCGGUGGACGCCUCCGACCCCAGCCGCCAGGGCCGCACCCUGGACGGGGACGUGUACUACUGGAACCGCGAGACCAACGAGACCACCUGGGACCGGCCCUGGGGUGGUCGCCGCUCGCAGCUCGAGGUGCCGAAGCUGCGAGAGGUCACUGGGGCGAGGCUCAGACCAAGGAGGCUGCGCCCGGCCAGAGCUUCCCAGCUCGGCCUCACUUUGGAGUUCCUGGGGCGCUCUGGCUUCACCAGGCACAGGCCCCUUUAGGCGCUUCAGGUUCUGGCCGGUUGCAG